GCUCCGCGGCACGUGGGAUCUUCCCGGACCGGGGCACGAACCCAUGUCCCCCGCAUCGGCAGGCGGACUCUCAACCACUGCGCCACCAGGGAAGCCCUUUAGUUGUCUUUUAAAGCAAGUAUUAAGAUGAUACAAAAAUUAAACUUGUAAGGUAACAUUUAGGACCACUCUGCUACAAUAGGUGAUUUAUCAGGACAGACAGUGCUUUCAGUCUCUGGGGGACAAUUUCCUCUAGAAUUUGUAUGUAUUGGUGACCUAUUGUUUUAGAUUUAAGUCCAUGUCCAAGCUUUGCUUUGUUAAUGGGAAUAAAAGGAUGUCAAUCAAGGAAAACUUCUACAACCUAGAUAUAUUCAAAGAAGAGCAAACGUCAGGACAAUCUUAUAUUGGGAGUCAGUCUUGUGCCUUCACUGUGCUAGAUACUUUAUUAUAUUAUCCCCAAACCCUAUGCUACCCUCUUAGAUAGGUGUAAUUAUCCCCCAAUGUAUAGGUGGGAAAACUGAGAGAAAAAGAAACUAGGCAAUUUCUCUAUAGACACAACGUUAAUGCUUAAGUGAGUGGACUUCAGAUACCAAAUCAUCACAACUAACACCAGGUAUUGAAUGUGACUGCCAGAGACUAUUUCGAGGCCGCAGAGGCGUAAGUUGGAAGAGGCCACACUGGAUUCCAAUAGGAGAGAUCAGCAGGUCCCUUUUGACUUUUCUGUGCCCCAUCUGGGGAGGGUUCAAUAACAUGGAAUAAUGGCCUUGGAACGUUCCUAACCAUCUCUGACCCUAGCCCCAGCAUUGGUGUGCAUGCCCACAGUAAUGGAUACUCCUUGGGAUUGUGAGGGUUUGCAUCCCUUUGACGGGGUGGGAACAUGAUCCUUCAAGAGCAGCAGCAGCAUUUCCCAGUCUAUGUGAACUUUUCCCGUUAUUCUUCUGCCCUAGGUUUCUGGAUUUGGGCCCUGUCCAUAACAUCAGCCCCAGCUGAUCUCAAGACUGAAGGAAAUGCUGAACCCUGUGAACCUCGGGGACCCCCAGGACCCCCAAGCCCUCCAGGCCCUUUGGGAAUAGCUGGUCCUCAAGGUCAUCCAGGAAAAAUGGGACAAAGAGGGUCACCUGGAGCUAUUGAGAGGUGCCCAUUGCCACCAAAAUCUGCCUUUUUCGUGAAGCUUAGUGAACCUCUCCCAAAGCCCUUCCAGCCCGUUGUUUUCAAGGAAGCCCUGUACAACCAGCAGGACCACUUUAAUCUGACCACUGGAGUGUUCAGCUGCACCACCCCUGCUGUGUACAAUUUUGCCUUUGACAAUGAGCUGUUUCAGAGAUCUGUGAAGAUAGGACUCAUGAAGAAUGGCAUCCAGGUCAGAUGGAAGCAAGCCCAAGCCAAAGACAGUCACAAACAUGCUUUGGGAACUGUCAUUGUGCAGCUGGAGAAGGAGGACAAGGUCUGGCUGGAAUCCAAGCUGAAUGAAGCAGAAUAUGAAAAAGGAACGACUCCAAUUAUGUUCUUUGGGUAUUUGCUUUACGGAAAUUAAGAUGGCUUGGUGUUAAUAGCACUCCUUCCUUCUUCAUGUAAGUCUAAAUUAAUGAGCAUAAUUUCCCCUCUCACACAUUUCCUACAACAUCAUAGAAUGAAGGGAAGUCCAUAAAAUUGAGUGCCCCAGUAAGA